AUGGAGCCCAAGAGCCCCAACAAAUCCCAAACCCCAAAAUCCUCCUCCUCCUUUCCUGCAGCAGACCCAUACUCCACCACUUUCAGCGCCAACGGGAACAACUCCAGCUACAACUUCUCCUCCAAGUCAUCCACCUCCUCCAUCGGCUCCCUCAAGUCCCUCAAAUCUUCCCUCCCCGAAAAUCCCAUCAUCUACGACAUGUCUGAAAUCCGCUCCUCCACCGCAAACUUCCUCGCCCGCCGCCUCUCCUCCUCCUCCACAUCCUCCUCCUGGCGCUGCUCCCUCCGCGGCAAAGACGCCGUCGUUUUCCAGCGCAAGUCCCGCCUCCCCAUCUCCCUCGCCGACCUCCAACACCGCCUCGCCCAAAUCUCCAAAUCCAACCACACCAGCAUCAUCAAGCUCCUCGGCGCCUCCCUCUCCAGCGGCUACGUCUACCUCGUCUACGAAUUCGUCGCCGGCGCCACCCUCGCCGAUUGCCUACGGAACCCUAAGAACCCGAAUUACACCGUUUUGCCCACGUGGCUCUCCCGGAUGCAGGUCGCCACCGACCUCGCCCACGGCCUCGAUUACAUCCACCACAGCUUAGGCCUCAACUCCACCUUCGUCCACAACCACAUCAAAAGCUCCAGCAUCAUCGUCUCCGACCAGGAACAAGUCGUGCUCAACGCCAAGAUCUGCCAUUUCGGCACCGCGGAGCUCUGCGGCGAGAGCCACGCUCGGUCGACGAAGGUGGAGGGCACCAGAGGGUACAUGGCUCCCGAGUUUCAGCUCAGCGGGACCGUGACGCAGAAGUGCGAUGUCUAUGCCUUCGGGGUUGUGCUGCUGGAGCUGAUUUCAGGGGAGGAGCCAUUGAAGUACAUGAUGGAUGAAAAUGGCGGAGACGGAGUGUAUAGGAGGGUGAGUGCGAUCGAGACGGCGAGAGAGGCGAUAAGGAUCGGCUGCGGCGGGGUGAGGAGGUGGGUCGAUCGGAGGUUGAAGGACUCGUUUCCGAUGGACGUGGCGGAGAAGAUGGUGAUGUUGGCGUUGGAGUGCGUGGCGGAGGAUCCGGACAGGCGACCGGAUAUGGGUCGGGCUGCGGAUUUGGUAUCGAAGCUGUUUUUGGAGUCGCAGGGUUGGGCUGAGAAAAUGGGGGUGCCUGUUGACAUGUUCAUCACAAAUUGUGAAGUGGGAUUGGGGGAUGCUGUAUACUUGUAUAUUUGA